AUGGCCAAGCCUUUCCGCUCACCCUCGACCCCCCUGCUGACGACACUUACUCCAUGCUAUCACAUUGCAAUCACCCUCAUCGGCGGAAAGACGCUUUGGGGCGCGUGUAUAAAAGGUCGGACGGAGCCACACCCAUAUUUUAGUACAAACAGCCAUGUUUUCUCGUCUCGUUAUUUCUCUCGCCGUGGCAUUGACCUAAUCAUCCGCUGCGGCCGCCAUCUCUUGUGGCGUCUGCGCUCCCACCAUCGUCUAUGCCGGCGUGACGCGCAAACUGACGCUUUCGCGCGAGGAGGGCGCGGGCAAUAUCGAUGUCCAGUGCAACUACGACUCGCCUCCGAUCCCGAACUUCUCGCCUGGGUGUCUCUACCGGAAUGUGGAUGGCGUUCUGAUUUUCACGAACGCGGGAAAUGCGUGUCCGAGCGUCAUUCCGACCGUUUCGAAAACUACCUCCCGCUGUUGAAUACUUCAACGUAAACAAAUUGAACUUUACUUGUUGCCCUCGCAAAGGACUCAACUCAGAGUGAGGCAGGUCAAGUAGGUGUCUUUGGGCCGUCUUAGUUCCAAGAGUUUCCCGACGGGUACCUUCGCAGAGUCUGUUCUUGGAAAAUGAAUUGAAAUUUAGCUAACAUGGAAAUGGUAUGAAUCAAAAUCCAGCUAGUCUACACAUCUGUGAAAGAGGUUGAUGGCAAUCAGAGCGCCGGGUCAGGUGAUCGCGUCUGCUGCAGUCAAUAUUCAAUUUCAGCCACAUUGGGAGAUUGAUGGCCUGACAACUAGUUGAGCACAGAAAUUUUCCUUAAUCCUUGAAUACCAUCGAAAUCC